AUGGAAGUGAAGCCGCACACGGCACGGGUCCUGGUGGGCCGCCUGCGCGGCGCCGUCGCCACGCUCGACGGGGCCGCGGCCGCGGCGGCGGUGUCCGAGAUCCGCCUCGCCUCCAAGGAAGACCCCGAGAUCCGGGCGCCGCUGGCGGACGCGGGCGCGGUGGCGACGGCUCCCGGCGUGCUGGACGCGCUGACGUCGGCGCUGCGAUCCGGCCACGCCGCGCACCACGCGGCGGCCGUGGUCUACAGCCUCCUCUGCGGCGGGGAGUCCCACCGCGCGGCGGUGUGCGCGCGGCGGCCGCUGCUAUCGGCGCUGGUGGCGCUCCUCCGCGCGUCGCCCAAGCCUAGCACGCGCGCCACCAAGGACGCGCUCAAGGCGCUGUUCGGCGUGGCGCUGUACGCGCCCAGCCGCGCCACGCUGGUCUCCCUCGGCGCCGUGCAGGCGCUCUUCGCGCUGGUGAUGACGGACGAGCGGAACGGCAUCGUGGAGGACGCCACCGCCGUGGUCGCGCAGGUGGCCGGGUGCGCCGAGAGCCUCGAGGCGUUCCGGUGGGUGUCCGGGGUGCGGAUCCUCCUCGACCUCCUCGAGCCAGGCGGCGCCGCCACGCCCAGGGUAAGGGAGAACGCCGCCGCCGCGCUGCUUAACCUCGUCGUCGCCGGCGGCGAGGCGGCCGCGGCUGAGGUGCUCGCCGUCGGCGGCGCUGAGGAGACCGUGCGCGAGCUCGCCGAGGACAGCGCCGCUAGCCCCCGCGGUAAGGCCAAGGCAGAGGCGCUGCUGCGCGCGCUCGAGGGCGCCGGUCCCGCCGCCAGGAGGCGCGAGCACCGGCUCUCCGAUUUCCUCGACGGCCUCGUGCAGUCCGAUCCCUACAUCUCGUCGCCGGCGUCGGCGUCCACGCACGGCUAG